AUGAGCCCGACCACAGCACUCCUCUUGCCCCUUUUCGUCGCCCUUUGCGCCGCACAGGAUACGCUGCCCUCGUCGACGACGACGACCACCACCCCGUCGCCGGCCGACGGAGACGGCCAGCCGCUGUCCUACGGAGCCGAGCCGUCCUAUGCGCCUCCCCAGUACGGGCCCCCGCCGCCGUUCUUCGGCCCCAUCUACGUGCCGCCGAACUAUGACCUGAACUACUGCUCGGUGCACGCGUCGUUCCCGAUGGUCGGCCUCGGACGCCGCAACCACCGCGGAUCCCGGGAACAUCACGGACGCUACAAGCGCCAGGCGUACGGUGCCCCAGCCGCCGCCCCGCCCGCCUAUGGCCAGCCCGCCCCGGUGUACGGUAGCCCGGUGAUCGUCACUGGAGCCGCCCCUGCUGGUCCCAUCUCCAACUCCUUCUUCUCCCCCAACGGACAUCACCACCAUCACCACCAGCACGGCGGCUUCCCCCACCACCAUCAGCAUCACGGCGGAUACCCGGGCCACUUCCACGGCCGUCGCCGCUACUACGAGCGCCACUCGUGCCGUUUCACCGCGACCUUCUCGCAGGCCACGUGCCAGUCGUGCUGCCGCAUCGCCUCCCGCAACGCCAACACGGCCGCCACCGAGAUCACCGGCGCGCUGUUUGUCUUCGACCCCGAGACCAAGGGAGAUACGAUGCCGAAGCCCGAGACCCAGUGCGUCUGCUGCGCCCCGAAGAAGAACUAU